UCAAAAACCUCUUCCACUUCUGCUAUCUCCCCUCCUUAUAGAAUCCUCUUCUUGGUUUUCUUUUCCCUUCUACGUCUGAGCUUCUGCUGUUCCCCUGUUUUUAUUAUUUUUUCUGUUCUUUUCAUACCAUUUGGUGGGCUUUUGCCCUUCUAUGGUGUGUUUUGGUUGUUAAGCCUUUGACUUCUAGAGUCUAUACAAAAUACCCAUAUCCGCAAAACUCUCGAAAAAAAACUCCAUUUGUGAAUCUUCUUUUCUUUCUUUUUGGGUUGUCUUGUGAAUCUCCAUGCCGCAUAAGUUAUUGUUGGUGAUGUUUGAGAUUCAUGUCUCCAGUUGUGAGUGAAAUCCUCCGAUCGGGGUUUAUUAUAAAUUCCUCCCUCAGACGUAGAACCCAUCUUGUUCAGUCUUUCUCAGUUGUUUUCCUUUAUUGGUUCUACGUUUUCUCAGAAAUAAAAAAUGUGUAAUGCUUUAUAGAUUAGCUAAACAUAUACAUAAUUAGUGAUUUUGGAGUAAAUAUAAUAAUUAAUAUGGCUUCGUGCAGUGGAAAUUCGAAUUCCAAUUCCUCAGGUUCCACACAGCAUCAGUUGAUGGAUCAAAGGAAACGAAAAAGGAUGGAAUCGAACCGAGAAUCAGCGAGAAGGUCAAGGAUGAGAAAACAAAAGCACUUAGAUGAUUUAGUGGGACAAAUAACAGAGCUAAAGAAAGAUAAUAACCAAAUCCUGACAAGCAUCAACUUCACCACCCACCGCUAUUUGAACAUUGAGGCUGAAAACUCCGUUUUGAGGGCUCAGAUGACUGAACUAAGCCAAAGGCUAGACUCUCUAAACGACAUCCUCCAGUAUCUAAACAGAGAGGGUAUUGAAUACACUCCUGACUGUUUCACCAACCCUUUCAAUGUGCCUUAUCUUAACCAACAACCACCCAUCAUGGCCUCUGCACACAUCUUUCAAUACUAAUUGAUGAAGAAAGUACUCAUGUCAUUUGUUGGUGGGUUUUGUUUUGUUUUGAUUUUUCAAUGUGGGAAUCAAUGAGUGGGUAAGUGAAUUGGCAAUUCUGCCAUGGUUGCUUUCUAGGGUUAACAGUUAUGUUUUUGUUUUUUUCUAGGAGGGCUUUUGAGAUAUAAAAUAUGGUGUGAAGGACUGUGGAUGUAUGUGGUGUUUCAAGUUUCAAGUUUCAAGUAAUAUAUAAUGCUAAAAUAAUUAUUUUCUUUCA